AUGUCCGACCACAACGAAGACCUCGUCGCCACCAAGACCGAAGGGUUCAAGGUUGGUGAGAAGAAGACCUUGGAGGAGUACCAGGAGCUCGACAAGGAUGAUGAGGCCAUGGUCCGCUGGAAGGCCUCUCUUGGUCUGAACGCUGGAAACCCCAUUGGAAAGGCCGGCGACCCCAAGUGUCUCAUUAAGUCCCUUGCCCUGCGGGUCGAGGGCCGCGACGACGUCAAGAUCGAGCUGUCUUCCCCCGAAGCUGUCCAGGAGCUCAAGAACAAGCCAUUCACCAUUAAGGAAGGAGCCAAGUUCCACAUCCAGGUGGUCUUCCAGGUCAACCACGACGUCCUGAGCGGUCUCAAGUACCUGCAGGUUGUUAAGCGCAAGGGUAUCCGUGUUAGCAAGGACGAGGAGAUGCUCGGCAGCUUUGCACCCAACACCGACCAGAAGCCUGUCUACACCAAGGAAUUCGCUGAGGAGGAAGCUCCUUCCGGUAUGCUUGCCCGUGGUAGCUACAACGCUGUGUCCAAAUUCUUGGAUGAUGAUGACCACACCCACCUCAUGUUCGAGUGGGCGUUCCAGAUCACCAAGGAGUGGUAA